GCUCUUUAUAAAGCUUCUGCUAGCAGUGCAGCCAUGGUUUCAGAUUAUGUUGGAUAUCUUGAAAAGGGGCAAAUUCCUCCUAAGAAUAUAUCAUUGGUUCAUUCUCAAGUUUCUCUGAAUAUCGAAGGAAGCAAAUACACAAUUGAUAUGGUGAGGAGAGGACCAGGAAGUUACAGACUGAGGAUGAAUGAAUCAAAGAUUGAAGCGGAGAUACAUACUCUACGUGAUGGGGGUUUGUUGAUGCAGUUGGAUGGAAAGAGUCACGUUAUAUAUGCAGAGGAAGAAGCAGCUGGAACACGUCUUCUGAUUGAUGGAAGGACAUGCUUGCUUCAGAACGAUCAUGAUCCAUCUAAGUUAGUGGCAGAGACACCAUGCAAACUAUUAUGGUUUUUGGUCUCAGAUGGUAGUCAUGUUGAUGCUGACACUCCAUAUGCGGAAGUUGAGGUUAUGAAGAUGUGUAUGCCACUUCUUUCACCUGCUUCUGGAGUUAUCCAAUUUAAUAUGUCUGAAGGUCAAGCAAUGCAGGCUGGAGAGCUUAUAGCAAGGCUUGAUCUGGAUGAUACUUCAGCUGUGAGAAAAGCAGAACCUUUCCAUGGGAGCUUCCCAGUUCUGGGGCCUCCAACUGCAAUAUCUGGAAAGGUUCAUCAGAGGUGUGCUGCAAGCUUGAAUGCAGCUCAAAUGAUUCUUGCUGGAUAUGAGCAUAAUAUCGAUGAAGUAGUGCAAAACUUGCUCAGUUGUCUUGACAAUCCUGAACUGCCUUUCCUCCAGUGGCAAGAGUGCUUGUCUGUUCUGGCAACCAGACUUCCUAAAGACCUCAGAUAUGAGUUGGAAUCAAAGUAUAAGGAGUAUGAAGGCAUCUCCAGCUUGCAAAAUGUUGACUUUCCUGCCAAAAUUUUGCGAAGUGUUCUUGAGGCCCAUCUAAACUCAUGCCCUGAUAAAGAAAAGGGAGCCCAAGAAAGGCUUGUUGAGCCUUUGAUGAGUCUUGCUAAGUCUUAUGAGGGUGGAAGAGAGAGUCAUGCCGGUGUUAUUGUUCAGGCCCUUUUUGAAGGGUAUUUAUCUGUUGAAGAAUUAUUUAGCGACAAUAUUCAGGCUGACGUGAUUGAACGUCUUCGUCUUCAAUAUAAGAAAGAUCUCCUGAAGGUUGUGGACAUCGUUCUUUCUCAUCAGGGUGUUAGGAGCAAAAAUAAGCUGAUACUACGGCUCAUGGAACAAUUGGUGUACCCCAACCCUGCUGCAUACAGGGACAAACUAAUACGAUUCUCUGCACUAAACCAUACAAAUUAUUCCGAGCUAGCACUGAAGGCGAGUCAACUGCUAGAACAGACCAAAUUGAGUGAACUUCGGUCCAACAGUGCCAGAAGUCUUUCUGAACUAGAGAUGUUUACUGAAGAAGGUGAAAACAUGGAUACUCCUAAGAGGAAAAGUGCUAUCAAUGAACGGAUGGAGGAUCUUGUGAGUGCUCCUUUAGCAGUUGAAGACGCCCUUGUAGGACUUUUUGAUCACAGUGAUCACACCCUUCAGAGGCGGGUGGUGGAGACUUAUGUUCGUAGACUGUAUCAGCCAUACCUUGUAAAGGGUAGUGUCAGGAUGCAGUGGCAUAGAUCUGGUCUUAUUGCUUCAUGGGAGUUCUUGGAAGAGCAUAUAGAGAGGAUGAAUGUGUCUGAAGAUCAUAUGAUGGACAAAACAAUGGCUGAGAAACAUGGUGAAAGGAAAUGGGGAGCCAUGCUUAUCAUCAAAUCUCUUCAUUUAUUGCCAACAGUGAUAAGUGCUGCAUUGAGGGAAACUACUAACAACUUCAAUGACGCAAUGACAAAUGUAUCUGUUCAUCCAGCUACCCAUGGUAACAUGAUGCAUAUUGCAUUGGUGGGCAUCAAUAACCAGAUGAGUUAUCUUCAGGACAGUGGCGAUGAGGAUCAGGCUCAAGAGAGAAUUGACAAGUUGGCCAAAAUACUUAGGGAGAAAGAAGUAAGCUCCAGUCUCAGAAAUGCAGGUGUUGGGGUUAUCAGCUGCAUCAUACAGAGAGAUGAAGGGCGGGGCCCUAUGAGGCACUCCUUCCAUUGGUCAGCAGAGAAGCUCUUUUAUGAGGAAGCUCCUUUAUUGCGUCACCUGGAGCCUCCUCUAUCCAUAUACCUUGAAUUGGGCAAAUUGAAGGGAUAUGAGAAUAUACAGUAUACUCCAUCCCGAGACCGUCAGUGGCACCUAUACACUGUUGUAGACAAGCCAGUACCAAUCCAGAGGAUGUUUCUCAGAACACUCGUAAGGCAGUCUACAACAAAUGAAGGGUUCACAGGGUAUCAAGGGCUUGACAUGGGCACAGCCCAAUCACAGUGGGCUUUGUCUUUUACUUCAAGGAGCAUUUUGAGGUCUUUAAUGACUGCAAUGGAGGAGUUGGAACUCCAUAUGCAUAAUGCCACAGUCAAAUCAGACCAUGCUCAUAUGUACCUAUAUAUCUUACGGGAGCAACAAAUUGAUGAUCUUGUGCCUUUCUCCAAGAGAAUUGACAUAGAUGCUGGUCAAGAAGAAGCUGCAGUGGAGACAAUCUUGAAAGAGAUGGCACAUGAAAUUCAUGCAUCCAUUGGUGUGAAAAUGCAUCGGUUAGGUGUUUGUGAGUGGGAAGUGAAGCUUUGGAUGUCAUCUGUUGGACAAGCCAAUGGUACUUGGAGGGUUGUGGUUACAAAUGUGACAGGUCACACCUGCAUUGUGCAUAUAUACCGAGAACUGGAAGAUACCGGCAAACAAAAGGCGGUCUACCAUUCUACCUCUGCACAAGGCCCUUUGCAUGGUGUACCUGUGAAUGCACAAUAUCAACCUCUGGGAGUUCUUGAUCGGAAACGGCUUCUAGCCAGGAAGGGCAACACCACUUACUGCUAUGAUUUCCCACUGGCAUUUGAAGCGGCCUUGGAAAAGUCUUGGGCAUCCCAUUGUUCAGGUUCUACCAAAUCCAAGGGUAAAGUUCUUCUCAAAGUCAUGGAGUUCAUUUUUGCUGACCAGAAAGGUACCUGGGGUACUCCUCUUGUUUCCGUGGAGCGCCAACCUGGGCUCAAUGAUGUUGGCAUGGUAGCCUGGCGUAUGGAAAUGUCUACGCCUGAGUUUCCUUGUGGAAGGACAAUUUUGGUAGUAGCAAAUGAUGUGACCUUCAAAAAUGGAUCUUUCGGCCCUAGAGAGGAUGCAUUUUUCCAAGCUGUGACUGAUCUAGCUUGCACUAAGAAACUGCCUCUCAUUUAUCUGGCAGCAAACUCAGGAGCCCGUAUAGGGGUAGCCGAGGAAGUAAAAUCUUGCUUUAAAGUUGGCUGGUCAGAGGAAUCAAGCCCGGAGCGUGGUUUUCAGUAUAUAUAUAUAACUCCAGAGGAUCAUGCCCGCAUUGGAUCGUCUGUGAUAGCACAUGAGUUGAAGCUGUCAAGUGCAGAAACCCGAUGGGUACUAGACACUAUUGUAGGAAAGGAGGAUGGCCUGGGCGUUGAGAACUUAACUGGUAGUGGAGCCAUUGCCGGUGCAUAUUCAAGGGCAUACAUGGAAACCUUUACCUUGACAUAUGUGACAGGAAGAACUGUUGGUAUAGGUGCUUAUCUAUCUCGUCUUGGGAUUCGUUGUAUACAGAAGCUCGAUCAGCCUAUAAUUUUAACUGGGUUUUCAGCACUAAAUAAACUUUUGGGUCGGGAGGUCUACAGCUCCCACAUGCAACUUGGUGGACCUAAAAUCAUGGCAACCAAUGGUGUCGUUCAUUUGACUGUUUAUGAUGAUCUUGAAGGGAUUUCGGCCAUUUUGAAGUGGUUAAGCUUUGUUCCACCCUACUCAGGCGGUCCACUUCCCAUUGUGACUCCCUUGGAUCCCCCAGAGAGGCCUGUUGAGUACCUUCCCGAGAACACUUGCGAUCCCCGUGCAGCUAUCUGUGGUGCCCUGGACAGUAGUGGGAAGUGGCUGGGAGGUAUAUUUGACAGGGAUACCUUUGUUGAGACGCUGGAAGGCUGGGCAAGAACAGUUGUGACCGGACGGGCAAAGCUUGGAGGAAUUCCUGUAGGUAUAGUUGCUGUUGAGACUCAAACAAUGAUGCAAGUUAUACCCGCAGACCCUGGGCAACUUGAUUCCCAUGAAAGGGUUGUCCCUCAAGCUGGGCAAGUAUGGUUUCCUGAUUCUGCUACUAAGACAGCUCAAGCAUUGAUGGAUUUCAACAGAGAAGAGCUUCCUCUUUUCAUUCUUGCUAACUGGAGAGGCUUUUCAGGUGGACAGAGGGACCUUUUUGAAGGAAUCCUUCAGGCUGGAUCAACCAUUGUUGAGAACCUUAGAACAUACAAGCAGCCUGUUUUUGUGUACAUCCCCAUGACGGGUGAGCUCCGUGGUGGGGCAUGGGUUGUGGUGGACAGUAAGAUCAACUCAGACCAUAUUGAAAUGUAUGCCGAACGAACAGCGAAAGGAAAUGUCCUCGAGCCAGAAGGUAUGAUUGAGAUCAAGUUCAGAACAAAAGAACAAGUGGAGUGCAUGGGUAGGCUCGACCAACAGCUGAUAAAUCUGAAGGAAAAACUUUUGGAAGCCAGGAGCACAGGGGCCUAUAUGAUUGCUGAAACAUUACAACAGCAGAUAAAAGCUCGGGAGAAGCAGCUUUUGCCAGUGUACACUCAGAUAGCUACAAAAUUUGCAGAAUUGCAUGAUACUUCAUUCAGAAUGGCUGCAAAAGGGGUGAUCAGACUAGUUAUUGACUGGACUAAUUCGCGGUCCUUCUUCUGCAAAAGAUUGCACCGGAGAGUUGUUGAGGGAACAUUGAUCAAGACGGUGAGAGAAACUUCUGGUGACCAGCUUUCGUAUAGAUAUGCAAUGGACAUGAUAAAGAAGUGGUUUUUAAACUCCAAAAACGUGGGAGGCAGAGAAGAAGAUGCUUGGAUGGAUGAUAAAGCUUUCUUCACAUGGAUAAAUGAUCCUGGAAACUAUGCAGAACAUCUGCAGGAGUUGCGUUUGCAGAAAGUGUUGCUUCAGUUAUCAAAGAUUGGUGAUUCAACAUCAGAUUUACGAGCUCUACCACAAGGUCUUGCCGCCCUUUUAAGCAAGGUGGAACCAUCAACUAGAGAACAAUUAAUUCAUGAACUUCGACAAGUGCUCAAUUGAUUAGAUAGCUUGUAACUCAACAGGCAAGUAUAGUUCCAAAAUCAACUCCUUUUGCUCCUGGGUCAUAGUUCUAUUUUGAUCAUGAACUAUCUACAUACUAGGAGUAACCCGUGCAUGAAGGUACGUUGCGAUGUAAACCAACUAAUUAAUUUGAAAAAAAAAAAAGUUACUUUAAAUUGUUUUAAUUAAAGAAAUUAAAAUCAAUAUAAACAAGUUGACAUUUAUUGGUAAUUACUAUUUCAACAGAUAUUGCUCUAUCAAUAGGAGCCCAAAAAAUUCGCAACUUGUCUACAAAAUUCAAAGUCUCUUGAAUUUACGGUUCACAAUCAAAUAUCACAAUAAUCACUCGUAGUAUGAAGGAGUUGGAGAAGCUUGGAAUUCAAUGGAUACUGCCUGGCCAUAAUGUACUCGUCUUCUCGGUGAAAUGAAACUUCACUGGUAGUAUGAAGGAGUUGGAGAAGCUCUUGGGUAGUUAUUGGCUUGAAAACUGUUGAUAUUGGUAGUCUGAUAGGGGUGAGUCUCCAAUUGUUUCAGUUGGCUGGUUGUAUUUCAUCAGCUUCUACCUGGGUGCCUGAUUAAUCUUUUUUUAUAUUUCAAUUAUUCUGUUGGUAUUCAACAACAUUCUUUUUGUUCUGUCCAGCUUUUAUCUCCUCUUUUCAUAAAUAGAGGAUAUUUUUUUUAUCUUAAUGCAAUCAAUGGCGGUGUUUCAAGAUUGUGAAAGUGUUCAGUAGUAAUGGUG